AUGCGGAACCCACUUAUCAGAUUAGAAUGCGGCGUGAACAGCUACGACUGGGGGAAAGUCGGUAAAGACUCGGCCGCUGCCAAAUUCCACGCUGCGACAGCUUCGGAAUUCUCAAUCGAAGAAGAGAAGCCAUACGCUGAGUUGUGGAUGGGCACCCACCCGUCACUUCCCUCAAAAGAUCUCGAGACGAAGCGAAGCCUCUUAGAACUUGUCCAAGAGAACCAGGCGCUACUUUCCACCGAAAUCGCUGAGCGAUAUGAGAACAAACUACCGUUCCUGUUCAAGGUCCUGUCCAUAAACAAGGCCUUGAGCAUACAGGCACAUCCCAACAAGAAGCUUGCCGAGCAGUUGCAUGCGAGCGACCCCAAGAACUACCCAGAUGACAACCACAAGCCUGAAAUGACCAUUGCGGUCACACCGUUCGACGGACUCUGUGGCUUCCGUCCCCUUGCCGAAAUUACGCACUUCCUCAAGACCGUUCCUUCCCUACGCAAACUCGUCGGCGAAGAAGAAGCGACCAAGUUUGAGGAGACUAUCAAGGGAAAAGAGACGUCAGACAAGGAGGAAGAUGUGCAAGCAAAUAAGAAGGCUCUUCAGUCCGCCUUCACAAAACUCAUGAACGCAGACAAGGACGCACUGGAAUCCGCAAGCAAAGAACUCAUCGAAGCCGCAAAGUCUGAGGGCGAAAACUUUGCCGGCGGCGGUCCACCCUCCAACACAGGCAAAGAGCUCGCCGACCUCGUCAUCCGCCUCGACUCGCAAUUCCCUGGCGACAUUGGCCUCUUCGUUCAAUUCUUCCUCAACUACGUCAAGCUCGAUGUAGGCGAAGCCAUGUUCCUUAAGGCAGACGAUAUCCACGCCUACCUCUCUGGCGACAUCAUCGAGUGCAUGGCCAGCUCCGACAACGUGGUGCGCGCGGGCUUCACCCCGAAAUUCAAGGACGUCGACAACCUCACCAAGAUGCUGACGUAUAGCUAUGCCCCUAUUAGCGAGCAGAAGAUGGAGCCCAAGGAUUACUCGCGUGUGAGGUUGAAUGCGCCUGCAUACAGUUCCAACUCGAGCAAUAUGCUGUAUAACCCCCCGAUCCCAGAGUUUGCGGUUGUGCGCACGGCGCUGAACCGGGUUGGCUCUAAAGCGACGUUUGAUCCUAUUGAUGGACCCAGCAUCAUUCUCUGCACAAAGGGCAAAGGAACGAUCAGUGUUGGACCUAAAGAAGAAGAGUUGAGCGAGGGUUUCGUUUACUUUGUUGGAGCCACGGCUGAGGUAAUCAUCAAGAGCGAUGUGGAUGCUGGGGAUGAAGAAGGUGCAGAAGGCCUUGUGACAUUCAAGGCUUUCUGUGAGAUCGAGGAUGACAAGGGCAAGCUUUGA